CGUUCAAUUAUUAAUGAAUUUUUAUCAAUCAAUCAAUUCAUAAUUUUUUUGCUUGUGUUUUUCAUUGUUGUUUCUCGUACUAUUUGGUCUCAUACCACCUGCACCGCACGCUGGUCAAUGCUCAUAGCAUUAAAGUUUUCGUGGUCGGAAAAAGUUAACUGAUCCGAUUAAAAUGAACGACGAAGAAAUAGAAAUAAUAAGUAGCAGCGCUGAUUUAAACGAAGUGGGCAAGGUUUUAAAAGAUUUUCUGAAAAAUAAUGAAAAUGUAUUUACAUUCCCCUUACUCUAUGAAGAAAACCGAAGAGUCAUUUUGUGGACAGCUCUGUUCCAGCGCCUUCAGCAGGAGUCAUCAGAGAAAAUACAUGAUUUGUGUUUAGCAGUAAUAAGAAUAUUGAGCCGAGACAAAACAGAAUUGGACAGUUUGGUCUGUGAGAAAUGGAUCACUACAUUAAUUGAGAGAGGAGGGUUAUACAAUUUUGUGAGUGUGGAAGAUGAAACAAAUUCACUAUUGGAUAUGCCAAACAAGGAAAUAGUUGUUGAGGCAUUGAAGUGUCUGUGCAACAUUGCCUUCAACAGCGAAGUGGCUAGAGCUCUGUGUGCACACACCAGCAUUGACCAAGCAUUAAUCGGUAGACUUAGAGUCUACAAAGACAUACCUUUUAAGGAAGAGGUGAUGCUUUAUGACAUGAAGCUACUUUUCAUCUUGACUGCUUUGAGGCAGGAUAUAAAGAAGAAAAUAAAAGAUGUGUUGCACGGCAUGGACUACCUGAUUAGUGGCUUGAAUGAGCUGUUGCUGGAAGCCACUUUGCCAGAGUCUGAAGCAAAUGCUUCAGCCUGUGCCAUUGAUGAGCAAAGUCACUAUUUACUUCAGGACAGUCACCAAGGGAUAGCAUGUGAGAUUUUGAAGACACAAUUUAACUUGAUAAUCCACUCAGGGUCAGAUGAGCCUGUGGAUGAGGAGGAAGAGGCCAUGUACCUGAAGCUGAUGCCAGUCCUGGCUGCACUGCUGUGUGCACAGGCCACCAGUGAAGCCAAACUUAUGGAGCUACACAUCAAUAUUGCUAAUUUGUUAACAAGUGUACCACCAAUGUUCUAUUCCUAUCUGACUCCUGAGUUGACUGUGGGAGAAGUGUGCCAACACGAGUUUGAAGGCAGGAAUAUGGAUGCUUUGGAGGCCUUGGUGCAGUUAUUACAUCAUCGUUUGGAGAGCACAGCAGGCACAAAGAACCAGUACGAGGACUUAUCGCCAAUCCUGACGGUGAUGGUCAAAAGCGCGCGCGGGUGCCGAGCGCAGCGCAAGUGGUUACGCGGGCGCGUGCUACCGCCACUUCGUGACGUAUCCCGUCCACCUGAGAGAGGCCGCACCACGCGCAACCAGCUGUGCCGACUGCUGACCACACCAGUGACGGCUGUCAGGGAUCUGGUGGCGGAGUUCCUUUUCGUUCUGUGCAAGGAGAAAGUGGGUCGCAUGGUAAAGUACACGGGCUUCGGCAACGCGGCGGGGCACCUAGCACAGAAGGGGCUUCUGGGCGGCGGGCGCGGCGCCCAAUACUCGUCUAGUAGCGACGACUCUGAUACCGAGGAGUAUCUGGAGGCGGCGCCACAUAUCGACCCGGUGGUGGGAUGCACCAGGCCCCCGCGAGCCGACCCCUUCGAAGGCAUGACUGAGGAGCAGAAAGAGUACGAGGCGAUGAAGCUGGUGAACCUCUUCGACAGGAUGGUUUCCGAAGGCGUGGUGAAGCCGGCGCGAGUGGGGCCCGACGGCAGGCCGCAGCCCAUCGAACACGUGAUGGAGUUCCGCGAACACGUGCCCAACAGGCCGCAGUCUUAGGCUUCACCUUUGCAAUGCCAGUGCUCACAGACCUGCCCUUUAUAUGCCGCGAUGGCACAGUCUAUAAGAGAGGGAUACAUCUGAGAUCAGGCAUUUAAAUGGUUAAUAUAAUAUAAAUCAGCAUACCACGCGAGUGAAAUUCAGGCCCGAAUGAAACUCAAGUUGAAUUCGAAUUUUGAGUUUUUAACAUCUUACAAAAAACCACUCAGACCAACGAGUGUAGAAACUACUGGAGCAAUGAAGAGUCUAAUGAGGAUCGAACUUCAUUGGGUUGUUUGAAAAUCUUUUUUGAAUUGGCAUUAAUAUGGCUAUGAUACAAAGGCAUUCCCUUGGGAUACAAAGAUAUACCCUACAACGAUUUUAUAAUAGACCACCGCUGUACCACGCGUGUCAUGACUUUUUCCAUUACACAAACAUAUUUUGGCGCUUCCUUUGUCUAGUAAAAUUGUGGCCAAGACACGUGCUGUACAACCUAUUUGACGUCAUGAGCUGGUUUCCAUACAGGGUUGUCAUUUGACAGCGUCGCGCGCUAUAGCGAUAGCGACAUACCUAACAACAAAACUAUAAUCUUAUAUGUUGUAAUAUGUUCUUCACGGAUUGUACUAAUAUCUCGUAAUACCUACUAUUACAAAUUAUGUACUGCUGUAAGUAAUGCAAGUGGAUUAUCCAAUGUGAGAUUGAAAUAUUUAUUAUUUAUAAAUAAAUAAAUUAUUUAGUAAUUAUCGCAUGACUAACAUUUUAGAAUGAUUCUAUCUUCAGUAGAUAAUAUGUAAUUAUAUUAGUUAAUGGUAGAUGUUUAAGAAUAAGAAGAGAAAGACUAGUGAUAUUGGUAGGCAAGCAGGUUGUGGAGAUAUCAGUGAUGGAAGCCAGAAAAUAUGUAUGUAGGUAGUAUCUACUAAACUGCCUUUUCAGGGUGUCUAUAUUUAUUUAUUUAGAAAUAUACUUUUAAUAUACAGAGUUAAUUUAUUAAGUAUACACCCUGUAUUGUGAGAAAGCUCGACACCUUUUUUAGAUUCGUUGCCAAACAUUGUAAGUCGUAUUUUAAUGUAAUUUACGAAGCUUUGAUCAUAUUAUCCUUUAGCCUUUUCCAAUUAAUGGCUGAUAGAUAUAAACUUUAAAGACAUAUUUUGUAUUCCUAUUUUGUUGUGCAAUAAGAAGGAAAUAAAAUAAUAUUAGUUUUUAUAUUCUUGGUUCAGUAUUGUUGCUAGUUAUUACAUGCAUUUCAAACUAAUCUAUGUAGUUACUAACUUAUUACUCGAACCGUAUCUGCUUUUCAGAAAAAGGUAGAGGUAUCAAAAAUUUUUGUAAUAAAAUUAUCUUGUUCAACUUUUCUAAUGAGUAUUAACGGCCUUAUUAGGCACUAGGCAAGUAGCGAACAAACUUAAGGUCUCUACAUUCUAGCGAGUCGCGGUAGAUGAUUUACCAAACUCCGUAAAGCAAGCUGUUUGCAAGAGGUUCCCGCGCUCAAUAAUGGUAUUGUCUUUACUUAUUCUGUGUAGACAUUUCGUCGUAAAUUCUUAAAAAAUAUUCAUAUUUCUUCUUAAUGGAAUACGAAAAUUAGACAAGUUAACUUGUUUUUAGCAGUUGCACGUUACGUAGGAAUCGAAAUUAAUCAGGCACUUUCGCGUAAAUCACUCACUUAUUUUACUUUGCCCAAAAAUUUUAUAAAAAAAGUUUCUUACGCUUAAAAAUCAUUAUUUUUAGCACUGGCUCGUAUAAAAUUUGUAAUUAUUGGUAGGGUUAAUGGUCAAAUGCCAAAAAUAAAUUACUUGUAUGACUGUAAUGGCCAUUCGCAAUCGAGUCGUAGAUACCGAUGUUUUUCACGAUUUUAGUUAAACCAAAAACUUGGCUGUAAUCUGAAUAAAGUAUUCUUUGAUCUUAUCAUUAAUGUAUUAAUUAUUGUUCAAUAUGCUAAA